CACAGCUGAUGUGUCGUCGGAUGGUAUUUGCGCGUAUGUGAAAGUCGAUCCAUAGUAGAGUGCCUGAUCUUAUUUUAAUUUUUGUCAUGAAUUCGAACACGUUAAACUAUCCGUAGUUGCAAAAUUUUGUCAGUUUUUUAUGCAUCAUUCUGCAAGUUGAAAUCAGCAACCUCUUCGUGCGCCAUCGAAUAACUGACCUUUGAACAUUUGACACCUACGGGGCUCUUAAAUCGUCGGAACGGCGAAAUAAACAAAGUAUUGCCUCGUUUGGGAAAGGCGAAAAUGUCACACUAUAGUGAUGCUGAAGAAUCGCUGACGGAAUUGGACUGCGGGUUGCGUAAAAGAAAAAUAUGGGACCCGGAAACGGAGUCGAUCGCCUCCGAAAUCAAAGAUUUACUCGAGGAAGAUGUCAAUUCAUUGGUUGAAGAGGAUUGCGUCGGUUGCCCCCUGCCUUCCACCCCCGAAGAUGAAAACGUUUUAGAUUCCGAGAUGACCGACGUGCUGAAGGCAGCCGUGUUAGGUACAGCCACGUUGCCAAACUUUACAGGUGAUGAGCUAGACAUAGCGGCGCUAGCUCAGAAUGCCGCCACCCAAGCCGAGCACGUCGUGCGAAAGAUGAUUCAAGUGGGUUGGAGCGUUUGCCAUUUUCAUCACCUGCCCGGAUGGUUGCAGGACAACGAUUUUCUGGUCAGGGGCCACAGGCCUCCCCUGCCCAGUUUCCGCGCGUGUUUCAAGAGCAUUUUCAGGAUCCACACCGAGACGGCCAACAUUUGGACUCACCUGCUCGGCUGCGUGGCGUUUAUAGGUAUCGCCAUUUAUUUCCUGAUGCGUCCGAAUUUGGAGAUCGAGAUCCAGGAAAAGUUCGUGUUCGGGGCGUUUUUCGCUGGCGCGAUCAUAUGCCUCGGGUUCUCGUUCGUGUUCCACACCGUCAAUUGUCACUCGCAGUUCGUCGGCAAACUGUUUUCGAAGCUGGACUAUUGCGGGAUCGCGAUGCUGAUCAUGGGCAGCUUCGUGCCGUGGCUAUACUACGGCUUUUACUGCCACUUCAAACCAAAGGUUAUAUACCUGUCCAUAGUAUGUUUUUUGGGUCUCACGAGCAUCAUGGUGAGUUUAUGGGACAAAUUUUCGGAAUCCGGGUGGCGGCCGUUCCGUGCAGCAGUCUUCAUGACCUUCGGACUCAGCGGCAUAAUCCCGGCCAUCCAUUAUGGUUUCGUCGAAGGCUGGUUGAACAACGUCAGCCAGAAGUCGCUGGGCUGGCUCAUCCUGAUGGGAGUUCUUUACAUCGUCGGGGCGAUGCUGUACGCCCUGCGGGUACCGGAGAGGUGGUUCCCCGGCAAGUUCGACAUCUGGUUCCACUCCCAUCAAAUAUUUCACGUAUUCGUAUUGGGCGGGGCGCUGGUCCACUAUCACGGCAUAUCGGAGAUGGCGAUGCACAGGGUGACGAUAGGACAGUGCGAAAUACCGGACACCCUCAUUUACUGAAUCGCAAAACCAAAGAAUGUUUAUUUCAAAAGUUGAAAUUUGUUUUUGUUAUCUUUGUUUUUGUCUCCGCGUUUUUCGACGAAUUUUACACGUCCCUGUUCCUUUCGUUCGCCAUUAAGAAUAAACACAUAAACGAACUGAUUAUAUAAA